AAUGACCGAGGUUACGGUGGGGGUGGAGGCAGAAGUGGCGGAUACAGAGACGGAGGUUAUGGGGGUGGUAGCCGAGGGGGUAAGAAACCCCUUCCCACUGAGCCACCCUAUACUUGCUAUAUAGGAAACUUGCCCCGUGGCGUGGUACAAAUGGAUCUAGAAGAGAUAUUCAGAGAUUUAAAAGUACACAGUGUGAGAUUGGUUAGAGAUAGAGAUACAGAUGAAUUUAAAGGUUUUGCCUACGUAGAAUUUGAUGAUAUUGAGUCUUUGAAAGAAGCUUUAACUUAUGAUGGUGCUUUACUGGAAGAUAAAAAUUUACGAGUUGAUGUCGCUGAGGGGCGUAGAAAAGAC